AUGGGGAGUGGGAACCAAGGAGACAUAGGGACAAAGGACCAAGGGGACAAAGGGACCCAGGGGAGAUGGGGACCAAGAACCAAAGGGACACAGGUGGCAGAGUCCCAGGGGACAUGGGGAAUGAGGACUAAGGGGUCACAGGGACCCAGGAAACAUGGAGAGUUGAGACCCAAGGGACACAAGAGACAGGGAAUAAGAAGACAUGGGGACAAGGGACCCAAGGGACCCAAGGGACCCAAGGGACAGGGGCACCAGGGACUCAAGGGACACAAGGACCCAGCGGGACAUGGGGACCCAGGAGGACAUGGAGAGUGGGGACCAAGGGGACAUGAGGACCAAGGACCCAGGUGUCAGGGCCAACAGGGACCCAGGGGACACCAGGAGUUGACACCAAGGGAACAUGGGGAGCAAGGACGUGGGGACAAGGCACCCAGGGGUCUUCUGGGAGAGGCUGUGGAUGUGGUGGGGACGUGGCAGCGGGGAUAUGGUGGGGACAUGGCAGGGGUGGUUGGGGGUACGGUGGAGAUGGCUGGGGACAUGGUGGGGAUGUUUGGGGACACAGCAGGGACAUGA